AUGAGUAACACAUCCUCUAUACUUGUGUUUUCACUUUCAGGCUUCAGUGCAACUGUGAACUACAGAUUCAUUCUUUUCUCUCUCACUUUAUUAUGUUAUUGUCUAAUUGUGGUCGUAAAUGUGUCUCUCGUUUUAACCAUAAUACUGGAUCAGAAUCUACAUGAACCCAUGUACAUUUUUUUGUGUAACCUGUGCAUCAAUGGACUUUAUGGGACUGCAGCCUUUUACCCUAAAUUUGCUUUUGAUCUUCUGUCUGAUGUUCAUGUAAUUUCAUAUGUAGGAUGCUUUCUGCAGGUCUUUGUUAUAUACACUUAUGCAACUACUGAUUUCUCUAUUCUGGCUCUUAUGGCUUAUGACAGAUAUGUGGCUAUAUGUCGACCCCUGGUGUAUCACUCUAUAAUGUCUGUGCGGAGGAUUGCUGUGUUAAUCAGUUUGGCAUGGCUCGUUCCAAUUGGCUGUGAGAUCGCAGUUCUAACUCUGACAUCCAAAUUGAAACUGUGUGGCUCCCACAUACAGAAACUCUAUUGUGAGAACUGGUCGAUUGUGAAACUUGCUUGCAGUUCAACGGCAGCAAACAGUGUUGUUGGAUUGAUUAUUAUUGCCUUCUAUUGUGCGCAUGUUCUUUUCAUUGUGUGCACUUACGUACGGCUCGUGAACUCAGCCAUGAAGUCAAAAGAAGGCAGGAAAAAGUUUACACAGACAUGUGUACCACAUUUAUUGUGUUUGUUGAAUGUUACAGCUGCUUUGCUUUUUGACACUAUGUACUCGAGGUAUGGAUCAGCGGCCGUUCCACAGAAUUUAAGGAACUUCAUGGCCAUACAGUUUCUCAUGAUGCCCCCUAUUCUAAACCCUAUUAUCUAUGGACUGAUCCUCAGUAAAAUUCGAUAUAAAUUGGUGACUUUGUUUAUGAAGGCAGGUCAGACAUUUACACUGGGGCUGAGGGUUUGA